AUGAAUAAUCGCUCCAUCGCCUGGUGGCUGAGACAGAUCGGCCUGCCCCAGUACACCAAGACACUAGAGAGUGAAUAUUACGGACUGGAGGUAUUUGCACCUGUAAAACUGCUUCUGAAUGUUCUUGUUAACGUCUGAUUUUCCUUUUUUCUGCCUCAGACUGGCUGAAAUCCUCAGUUUUUUUGUUUGUUUGUUGUGUUCUCGCUCUUACUUUCUGUUGUUCUCUCUCCAGGGUUUGUUAAAUGUAACGGAUGGAGAGCUGAAGGAUGCAGGAGUAGAGGAUGCAGCACACAGAGAAACCAUCCUCAGCCAGCUUUCGAGACACCGACAGAGACUGGACCCACACUCUGGUGACACACAAACACACAUGCACAAAAGAGUUACACAAUCGGAAUAUUCAGAUUAUUAAGAAUUCAAACAAUCACUAAAACCCCGUUUAGAAGUAAAUGUACAGAGCGCUGCAAUAAAUAUGUAGAAAUAUGUAGAUUUAUUUUGAUAAUUUAGACUGCGUAUAUUUUUCUGAUUUGAUACAAAUGACAGUAGAAUUAUAUCAUUUUUACAUCUGACAAAGUAGGGCUGGGCGAUAUGGCCUCAAAUCAAUAUCACGAUAUAUUGAUCAGUUCACCUCGAUAACGAUAAAUGGACGAUAACUACUCCACAAGCUGCUCACCCCCUCCCACAUUAACUUCGUCUACUUCAGCCGCUCCAACUUUUGAACCGUCCUCCAUCUCCUCACCUGUCUUUCUCUCUUUGUUACGGACUGGAUGGGGUAGAGGACAGCGUCUUAAAGGGACAUGAGACCAUAGCCUACCUACACACAUCCAAAACCAACUUUGAUUUAUUCAUAUUUUAGACACUGAUUAUACCGAUAUGGGCAAAAUGACAUUGGUUAUUGUUGUAAAUUGGUAAAUUUUCAGUUUAUCGCCCAACCCUAUCACAAAGACAGUUGCUUGAAUAAAUACUAUCAGUUGUAACCUGUUAGGCAUUAAUAAAGAACCAAAGCAAACAUGGCCGUCAGUGACAACGUUAAUAAUUUAAAUAUUGCCAAUUUUAAUACUUGGAAUAGGUCAGAGACGCAAGCUUCAGAAAAUUCUUUGUUUUUACAGUUUUGACAUUAAAACAAAAAAAGACCAAUAAAUAACAGACACUACCUACAGACAAGACAGGAUAGGCAAGGACUGCUUUGACCACAGGGGGCGCCAAAAUCCACACAAACUGAGAGUUCCUUGUGGGAACUUCAAAUGUAAUAGCAUGAAUAAUAUUAUGGAUAUCGUCGCUUGAGUUCAGAUAUUUUUAACACAGGUUUAAAGAGAUAUGCAAGACUUGAAUUUGCAUCAUUUGUGCGAAUGAUCUGCUUAAUUUGCACGAUUAGCUCUGUAUAAUUGGCGUUGUAGGAGUACGUCCAAUCAGUGUUGUUUUUGGCAGGCAUUUUAGAUUUAGUUUUCGUCUUAGUCAUUUUGACGAAAUGCUUCUUCGUUUUAGUCCCAUUUUAGUCAUUUCGAUCCUUGAUAGUUUUCGUCUAGUUUUAGUCCGGCUAAAACUCAAAAGGUUUUAGUCUAGUUUUAGUCGACAAAAAGGUGCCUUUUGAGGUUCAUGGUGUUCUUUCCCGACAGUUUGAAGCCGCAGCAUGAGGAAGCUGUGGCUCCACAACUGUCGCCUGUCUCGUCUCCCCGUCCCCGUACAAGACAUUGUGUUUUAUUGUCACUUGGACUGUAUCUGAAGUAGGACCAAAAAUCAUCCUUCUUUUUUCGGCCACCGGGCACCGCUGCUGUGCCUGCCGCCACGGUGUGUGUGUGUGUGCGCUCGCCUCGUCCACCUGCUGUGUAUGUGUAUGAGUGUGUGCGCGCAGCUGUGAGCGAGCGAGGCUUUUGGUGCGUUUGUGAUGGGGGCGUGACUGUUGGGACAAAAAAAAGCAUGUUUUGAAACUUUGUUCAUCCACCUAAUAACAAUUUAGUCUCGUUCUCGUCUGACGAAAAUGAAUACAAUUUUCGUCACAUUUUAGUCUUUACAGAGCUUUGGUGACGUUCGUCUUAGUCUCAUUUUCGUCAAGGAAAAAAGGGGUCUGACGUCGUCAUUUAAGUUUUUGUCCUGCCUGACGAAAACAACACUGCGUCCAAUCGCAUCUUCACAUUGACCCUACAUGUAGUUUAUGUAAAUGAUUUUAUCCGCACUUGAUGUGUCCAAACCAUGAGGUCACAAACACAGAUGGUCGCUUUGAGGCUUCACCAUUUUCACUUUAAGUUCAUCCUCAUUUAGUUUACCUCUCGUAUUUACUUUUUAAUUCUUGGACUUUUAUGCUGAUGUGGAGUUGUGUCAGUAAAUCUGUUUCCUUGUCAUGAAGCUAACUUUAAGAUGAACUCUUAUUUUUUUUAUCAUCCAUUUAAACUCGCAGAGAUUUAUCAGAAGUUAAAGAGUCACACUCAUUCAAGCUCAACAUUAAAAAUACAUCUUAGUUUUAUGGUUUAUCCAAAAUCCACAUCUAACUCUUUCUAAAUAACAUGUUAUAAUCUGAUUUUUUUCAGCAUCAUGUUUGACAGACAUACAGGAGAGCGGUAUGGAUCUUCGUUUCUUUAACACUCCGCAAAUAAUAAGUAUGCAGUUUUUCCUAAAAUGUCAAGAUUCGCUUUACGACACCUUUUUGCUUUCCAGGUGUGCCAGUGAAGCGCAGAGUGAGCCGAAAGUAUUCCCUGGGGUCAUCGAUGGAUCUGGUGAGACCGCUGAGCAUCACAAAACAUGACGACACAAAAAGGACAAUCAGCAGCUCCUAAAUGCACAUUUUUGGGUUCUUCUAACAUUUCCCACAGGUGAAGCCAAAGAAGGAUCUAUUUCGUCAGAGCGUCCUGCCCCGCCUCCAGCGCGCUGAUAAGAAACACCGCCUUUCUGCUUCCUGCUCCCAGCUCCGCCCCCUGAAUGAGGACAACGCUAUCAGUGAGACAGAGAGCUGUCAGGACAGCAAACACAGGUGAGCCGACCCUCAUAUACGUGUUUCAUGUGUGAAAAAGCUAAACGCAGUCGUGCUGGAGAGAUAGAUCCACUUUCUCCAGGUUGGACACUGGUGUAGCUAAUUAUUAACUGGCGCCUCAUAAAAUGUCAUUCAUAAUGUGUAAGUGGGUGUGGGUAAAGUCUGUGAACUCAACAAUCAGCCGUCUCUGAACUUUAAUGUUGGACACAAAGAAUAAUCUCAAGAUCCAGCUUUACCGCCUGUUUUUGACAGACUGAACACACCCGGGGACUUUGCUAUUUUAGUCACAUUUGUCUCCCAGUGAGAGGUGAAGGGCUGAGUGACAAAGGCCAGAGUCUGUUUACAAGUAAUCAAUUCUCAAGUCAAGGCCUUUCUAAAUAAGGCUGUUCAAUUCAAGCCGAGGGCCACUUUGCACAUAAAACAUCAGACUUACACUCAGUGUCCCUAGUUUUAUUAAACCAUCCAGACAAAACUGGUUUAAGUGUUUUACCGGUUUUUACACCAGUGUCUUGGAUUUCUGCUCCCACUAUCAGCCAAUGGGGGUCAGCUGAGGUUUGUUUGUGGUGUUUGAAGCCCUGAAAUCUGCAUUUUAAAGCCCCCGCACUGGACUGGUCGAUCCUGUUACACAGCUUUGGUUUCAUCAGUUUCUCAACACAAUAAAAAGAUGAAGCUGUUGGUUUAAUUUGGUGCAUAUUGAACAAUUACAAUGCUUUGGAUGUCAGGUAGAGGAAAUAAGUUUAGCUUUUCUACUUCUACUAGUGAUCAUGGAAAAUUUAGAGAGCCUGAAGUGUGUAAGUUAUUUAUUGGAAGUAAAGGUAGCACAAUGCAAAACAACUUGGCUGCUAAAAAAACAGUAAAUUAAGUAAAUGAAUGAAGUUUUUAUUGAUGUUUUGAUGAAUAAAUCUUGGCAUACUUAUCCUGCACCAAAGGAACUUCUUGCCCUCGAGAGCCACCAUGGUUCAAUAUACCAAGUCUGGUUCAGUGAAAGUAUAAAAGGAUGUUGUCAAGUUCAGACACAUCUCUCUGCAUCAGUCAGAGGUGUUGAUUGUUAAAAGCCUCAAAGUUUAUAACAAAUAUUCAGAGUUACAUGUAGUGAAUAGUUUCUGGUACUUUCCUCUGAGAUAUGGUCAGAACUUUGAUAAUAUCCACCUGACCACAACAGUCAGCUUUCACAGCAGGAGAUAAAAAAUGAUUUAUACAUUUCACAGUCCCUGUUUAGUCCAGUUUGAGAUGAUUUAUUCAGGUUUCUUUGUGGAUUGUGUGUAAAUUAUCGUCGUGUCUACAUUGGGAACAGCUUGUGUUGGUCAAUAACUGUUUUUAAACACUUUGCCAAAUCCAGUUCGAGGACACAAAAUCUGAACCACAUGUGUUUCACACUGAAUUUCCUCCCCAUACAUCUGCCUACCUUACCGAACAGACUUUAGCCAGGUGAUGUGUCGGAGCGGCUUCUGUCGGUAUCCGAGGAAUGCCGGGGCAGAUAGCGGUGUUUCAGCACCGGGGCCCGGGGCGGGGAGGAGACGGAGGGAGGGAGGGAGGAGGGCUCGGGGAAAACUUGUGGGAACUCGUCCUAAAACUGCGCAGAGAGGAGGACCAGGAGGAGAAGGGGGGCUGGGAGGGACCGCGGUGGAGAAGGACUGAAGUUUUGCAGUUCCACAGCUGUUGUUUGGCGGCGUUAGCUUGGACCACAAAACCGUCAAACAUGUCGGCGGGGAGGCGCGAGCUGUGAGGAGCUGACAGGUAGGCUCUCUGACCGUUGGAACGGAUUUGAAUUUUGGGAUCCUCGUAACUUAACGCGAGACUUCGGUGGUUUAUCAUUUGUUGAUUUAAUCUCUAAUAUACCGGACUUUUUGGAUGUUUAUCUGUCUGAUAUUUUCAUGUCUGUAAAGUUGUUUAAAACUCUUUUAAACCGAAACAAAAACGUCGACAGUGCAGCUCAUUACCUCUGUUACUGCUUCACUACCAACCCUGCCUCUUAUCUACCUGUUGCACAAUAUUGAGGACUGGCAGUCAGUCGACUUUUGUCUGAAAAUACUGACAAACAAAAGCAAUUACAAUGGAUUACUUAACAUUUAAAGCCUCCGUUUACACAGAGGAUUACCAAAGGGCCGGUGAAGCUGUAUGAAAUAGUUUGUAUUAUGCUGUAUAUGAGGUUUUCAGCUGCAUUUCUCAAUAGUGGCCCUUCAGCACAUUGCACAGGUGUUUCUGUUGUGCUCCAUGGGCCAACGCCCCUCAAACAGGAUGUUACACCUUUUUACCUCCAAACACUUUAAACUGUGAUUUAUCUGGAGGAUGUGUGUGUGUUUAAAUGUGAGUCAUCAUGUCCGUUUCUGCUGCACUGGAUUUAUUCAAUGUGAACAUGAGGUGGAGGAGCUAUUGUCUUAGGUAGACAUUUUCAUUCUGACAUAACUGUUAUUUUUGUGAAGGCUGUAAUAUGUAGGGGAGACUGGGGCUUGUUGUCACAUUGCAAUUAUCUUUGCCACCAGAGGGAGCAACUAAAAAGUGGAAUACUAGUUUUAUUUACAUGGUCAGGGAUUGUGUCUUGUCUGAGAAGAGAAGAGCCCACUGUGAGCUGAGAUGAGCACCAUUUAACAAUUUUGCACAACCCAAAGUAAAAAAAAUUAACUUUAUAUAUUUUAAAAUAAGCUUAUGUGAUGCUGAGGGCAGUCAGACAGGUGGCCCUACCUAAUAAAUCAAUCUGGAGGACAAUAAAGGACUUUAAUGUCAACUACCUUAGCUCAGUACUGUAAAAACAUUCACCCCAGCUGAAAUACAGAGUCAGGCAGAUCUACAAACUCCAGAGCAUGUUGAUAAUAUUUUAUGUUAACGUUUGUUUAAUGACUUUCUCUAAGUCACUGAUAAAUAUUUUCCGUGCCUGACUUUAAUGUUCACUUUAAUGUAAAAAAAUUAGAACAACAAUAAUUUUGUCCUUGUUUUAUUAGCUGUAAAAUCCACUGUGACAUCUUACCCCAUGUAGUGAGACAACCUACCCGAUGGUGGGGCAACAUGUCACAUGAUCACACUCUCUGUAACUCUGCUCUGACACAAGAUAUGAAAAUGACAUGAAUACGAAAUAUAAACCUGAUAUUUUGGUCUUUCAUCUGGUACAUAUUUUAUUUAUAUGAUGUAUUGAUUCCACGAAAUAUAUGAGUUUGAAAAGUGUGACAACAAGCCCCGGUCUCCCCUAUUUUCUUUACAAACUGAGUUAAAAGAUGGAAAAUAUGCUUUUACAGCCAUUUUGAAAGCUGUCAUUUGUGUGUUGUUUCAUUAUAGGGAUGCUUUUAGUAUUUUUCCACUCCAUACAGCUAAUGUAAAGCACUUUGUUACGUAAAAGUGCUGUGCUCCCUAAUGACACUAGGAUGAGUAAGAGCUGUGUUGAACUAGGACACACACACAGUAGCAGUGAGGGGAAUGGGGCUGAAACAGUUAGUUAAAAAAAUCACACAGGUGAUUGACAGACAGACCUGUUAAUGUAGCAACCACAUUUCUCAGAUUAUAGAUGCUACUAACUUUUAAUGAAAAACUAAACAGAAUAUUUUUUUUGUUAACUGACAAAAAAGCAAUCUGAGAGUCAAGGAGAAGAGAUGAGCCCAUAAAAGUCUUUUCAUUUUUCUUUUUACAACUUUUGAAGCUCAAAAGGCCCCCCCUGUGGACAAAGCCUUGUUGCUGAUUUCAUCUUGUCAAAGUGAAAUUGAUAAAUCACUUUGAAUAUUUGCUGUGGAAAUAGUACAGCUGUUUCCUCUACAUAUCUACCCUCUCACUGCAGUCACAGGUAGGGCUGGGCGAUAAACUGAAAAUUUACUGAUACAAAAUCAUCAGAGAGAUUCCUGUUUGAGACAAUAAAGGUUUCAUCGCCUAACACGUCAUAAAUGAGAGUAUUUAUUUAAGCAACUGUCUUUGUCAUAGGGCUGUGCGAUACACCGAAAAUUUACCGAUAUCGAAAUUUACAACAAUAACUGAUGUCAUUUUGCUCUGUAUAAUCGGUGUCAAAAAAAUAAAUAUACAAAAGUUGUUUUUGGAUGUGUGUAGGUAGUCUGUGGUCCCAUGUCCCUUUAAGACGCUGUCCUAUGUCAGAGACGUGACUCCACCCCAUCCAGUCCGUAACAAAGAGGGAAAGACAGGUGAGGAGAUGGAGGACGGAGAGAAAGUUGGAGCGGCUGAAGUAGACGAAGUUAAUGUGGGAGGGGGUGAGCAGCUUGUGGAGUAGUUAUCGUCCAUUUAUCGUUAUCAAGGUAAACUGAUCAAUAUAUCGUGAUACUGAUUUGAGGCCAUAUCGCCCAGCCCUAGUCACAGUCAUCAAAAAUUAUGAUAAAGAAAUGUCAAUCUCAUUCAAAAUUUCCCUUUUUUGCGUUUUGACACCAUCAAAAACUCCUCCUAGCAGCUUUAAGUGGUUGUUGUGAAAUAGUGGUUUUGGAGGGUCAAGAGGCUCGGAUGUGAUUCUUACGAUGACAGUUAGGUCGAGUUGUUAUGUUUGAGGUUAGAACUUUUUUAAAACCUGAAGAGCCUUUAAACUUUAUUGUAAAAACUCAAAACCAUAUUUUGCAGCUCACUCUAAGAAAAAAACAGUUUUCAUCAUUUUUAACUAUUUACCUGACAGCUUGAAUCAGACAUUUGGAGUCAAUCAGACAUUCACAUCGCUGAAUAAAGUUUAAAAUCUGGCAUUUUUGGAAGUUUUCUGAAACAAAUCAUGAAUUUGGUUGAUACUAAAAGGUCUUAAAGAUGACGAUUUUUGAUUAAACUUGUUUAGAUGUGUCUUAGCUUAUCCCUGAAAACUGAAACAUGACUGGUGAAAUGAUAAUUUUUCUCAGUAUUAGAAAUGAAGAUCUAAGUUGUCACCAUGUUGUAAAUAUCAGUGUGCUUUGUUUGUUCUGCUUCAGUGGUAUAACAGUGAUCCUCAGGGUCAAAGCAGGGUAAACAAGUAAACCUCUCCACUUUGUUUGUGCACAUCCCUCCAGCAGUCCCUGAACGCAUGACUUGUUCCACAUUGUUUACGCGCGUCCACACACAGAGGGAGGCAGGCGUGGAUGGAGAUCUGCUUGAGUGGGUGCAGUUGAGCCCUGUUGUGAAUCCUCUGUGUGUGUGUGUGUGUGUGUGUGUGUGUGUGUGUGUAGUCUGCAGUGGCAGGAAGGUGGAAGCUUUGGGAGGAAGGAAAGAGUAAGGAGAGGCUGGCUAUUAAAAGUUAGCGUUGUUGCGUUAAUGACAGUUGCAGACCUUGGCAGUGGCCUUCCCUGGUUGUACUGAUGGUGUUCAAAGGAAAAACAACAUGGCACCAUCAUGUGUGGCUCCCUGGGGUUCCAGUUUAGUAGCUCUAAAUCACCUUUUCUCUCUUGUUGUUGCAGCAAGAGGAGGAGUGUCAGUGCAUACUUCAGCCAGCUGAAGGUAAGAGGUUAAGCAAACCACCUCUUUGUCUCUCACUCACUCGCUUGCUCGCUCUCUAAAGCGCCUCUUUUUCCAACAUAUUUUCCAUCCUCUGCUGUUAAAAAUCAAAAGGCAGGAAACCUGCACAGUAACUCUGAUCUCUGCUGUGUGUGUUGUAGGUGUUUGGUGGUCGGAAAGACAUGGACUCGUUGAAGAAGGAGCUGGAGGAGGAGCUGAAGCUCAGCACUGAGGACCCUCGGAGCCAUGCAUGGUACCACGGACCACUGAGCCGAGAGGUGCUCACUCGACCAAACUGUUCUUUCCGCAUUUACGCCGGAAACAUUAGUCCACACACAAAUAACAGAUGAUCUGUUUAGAAAAAAAAAAAUCCCUUUUUCUUUCUUUGAAAAAGUUAGAUGCAAAGAUCAAUACUGAUCCUGCAGGGAGAAAUACAUGGUUACAUCGUCUAAUAUUGGAGCAAGAAGAUGAUAAAUUCUCAGGUUGUUGUAAAAAGUAAUGGAGAAAAUAUCAUUUUAAUGUAAUUUGGCUCAUUGAACCUUUAUAGCAUCAGACCACAUUAGUUUCAGCUAAGUGUACCAGUCCAUUCAAGGUCACAUAUGAGAGUCCUAACUCAAGCAAGAACAAGAAAGCACAGACCUCUCCAGAACUCUGACUUCCACCCACUCUCACACAAACCCUAAAGCCCACUUUGACCUCUCUCCUUGUCCUCAGGAUACAGAGUCUCUGCUUAAGAGGGACGGAGACUUCCUAAUCCGGGACUCAAGCUCUGCUCCCGGUGACUACGUUUUGAGCUGCUUUUGGAAAAAUGGACCCUUACACUUUAAGAUCAUACGAGUGACCCUUCGUCCCAAAAAGGUGAGUUAAUGUUAAAGGAGAAGAAGAAGAAGACGGGAGAGGUUGUUACGUGUGGAAGAAUUUGUAUUGAGGAUAACUUAACAAACUUCACAAAUGAAAGAUUAGACUUAUCAUCUGGAAUCUGGCUGGCAGAUAUCACUUCAUAUUUUCGUGUUUUUACACUCAGAUCAUUGGUUUAAUAAAGAAAAACAUCCAGUUGGUGAAAUAUCUCAGAGUCCUGCUCCUCUCUGUUUUAGAGCACUGAGAACUUCCUGGAUUGUGAACCAUUAGUAUCAGGCCUGAUGUCUUUGGACUGAGUUAGGGCUGGGCGACAUGGGAAAAAGUUUAUCACAAUAUAUUUUUUUUCUAUAUCAGUCGAUAUCGAUUUGUAUCACGAUAUAAAAAAAUUAUUUUUCAAUCUUAAAUGUUCCCUGUUACUUAAUUUAAUUUAACUGUGCUUAUUGGUAGCAUGUCUUUUGCAAUACAAUCAGCAACUGCAUCUGUGAGGUCUUUGUGUCUUUUCGACAUUUUGUCCUAAGGCGUUGCUCUAGGGAAAGCGGACUGAAUGGUCAGCUGUUUCGGCUGCACAGGCGCCAUGAGCUCCUUGCUCUGCUUGGGUUCGUAACCUUUUGCUUUGAGUGUGGCGCUGCUUCAGGCGCUGAAAAAAUUUGAGGUAUUCCCCGACUUUGUGAGAACAUGUACUCGACACAAUGUUGUCAUCUGUUGAGCCUUCAUGGUCAUUUCUGUCAGGGGUAGCACUCAUUUUCUCUGCUGUCGGCUUCACCUGUUAAAGUGCUAUGGUUGGGUGUAGCUGCUGUCUGCUACAACUUUGCAGUUGUUUGAUACUUGGUUCUAAUUCAGCACAUGAUUGGUUCAACGGAGCAACUCCCCUUUUCAUUGGCUAUUAGUAUAGUCUACCAAAACAUGGCAGAAUGCCGACUAUCGAAAAGCAUAUUGAUCAUGUUUGAUAUCGAAAUCAAGGGAAAUAAAUUUUCUAUAUAUAUCAUUAUCGUUUUAUCGCCCAGCCCUACACAGAGUUAAACCAAACUUUCAGAGCACCUUGUCAAACAUUGGCGCCAAAUCUGGCUUUAUGAACGAUCAUAUACUUAAUUACAGUUUUAAUUGACUUCAUGUGAGCAGUGUAAUUGGAUUUUACAUGAUAGCUCCAAUUAAAACUUUGAUAACAUCAGUCUUAGGAGUCAUUUAAUCGUCAAAGUGAUAUUUUCUGUCGUGUGUAACUGCAGAGAAACAUUUUUUAAUCCUCUUGAUGCUUUGCUCUGACUCCAGGCUCACUAUUGUUCUGCUUUGAAUCCGAGCUGACUCAUGUUUAAAUCGACUCUUUUAGCUUUAUUGGCCUCUUGGGGCUGAGCGUUGGUGACUGAAACAAUAGAUUUUUAGUUGUACUCUCCCUUUAAAGACUGCGGUUGAUACAGUGUGUGUGUGUGUGUAUGUGUGUGUGUGUGUGUGUGUGUGUGUGUUCCUCCAUCUGUGUGGCAGGGUUACUCUCGGGAGCUGUUCCAGUUUGAGGAGGAUCGCUUUGACAAUGUUCCCGCUCUGAUCCGGUUCUAUGUGGGGGACCGCAGGCCCAUCUCCCAGGCCUCAGGCGCUGUGAUAUUUCACCCAAUCACACGGACUCUCCCUCUGCGUGUCAUCAAUGAGCGACACGCAGAGCGCAAAAGCAGCAAAUCUGAAAAACGGCGCAGCUUCAGCUCUGCGCACGCAGACACCCUGCAGGUCAUCAAUCCCCUGCUCAGGUGGGUGGGACUUCGCUCCGGGCUUACACCUGUAUAGAUCUGAAACACAUAGACUCUCAUGAAUAUGCUGAUGACCCUCAUUUUGUGCGGCAGGAGUGGGAGUCAGCCUGCAAACUUGGAAAACGUUGGACGAAGGCCUUCACUGCAGUCUGCACAAUCUGACAGCAACCUCAGAACGGGUACAUCUUCAUCGUCUUCAUCAUCUUCAUUCACAUUCAGCAGCAUGUAGUCUUUAUAAAGGUGUUUGUGACCCUUAAUCCCUGAUGCCUGGAGGAUUCAGCUUUCUCACAGCUUUCAGAGAUAAUCCACUGUUAAUCCAGCCACUGUACUGUCUCUCAGACAUCCUGCUCGACGCUCACGUGGCGCUUUUCUUCUUUUCUUUCAACGUGGAAAGGAAAUGUAAUCAUAUGUUUUGGUUUUAUCUUUGUGUCCUGUCACACGGUUAGUACAUUCAGCAAACUAAGCUCUCUUCUUCUUCUGUUGAGAUACAGUAUACAGGACAAACAGCUUGGAAAUGAAUGAUGAAGACAGUGUGCUGUAAGUAAUGUGCAGCCACGGGGGAUCUGUUGCCAUGAAUUAUAAAUCAGCUGUGAGGAAGACUCAGUCUGCUUGUAAAACACCAAAAAGAAAAAAAGAACGACAGAGUGCUGGAAAUGCAGAGUCAUUCGGUCCACUGAUGGAGAGAAAAAAAGCUGCAAACCGGACACAUCCAAUGAAUACAUGGAGUUUAGCAUCAGCAGCUCGUUCUGACCACAUUUCAAAGAUGGUUUGAGAAAAAAACCAGAAUAUUUAGACAACUGUGUUUUCUUUUGCAGUCUCUCUGGAUUCAAGAGAUGUUCAGGAUGUUCAAAUGUUCAUGUAAAUAUCAGGCCCACACGGUACAAAAGGUCAAAGUUCAGUGUGAAAUAUAUUGACUAGCAUUAAUGGAUGCCCAUCGCUGUUCCUCACAGUUUCUAAGGCAGUCCGUACGCCGGAUUUUAGACCGUUCCUUCGGUUAAAUUAAAGCUCCUAUGAGGAGUUUUUUGACGUUUAUGAAAUUUUCUGAAAUUCAUAUUAAUGCCUUUUGUAUGAGAUCCAAAAGCAAACAAGACCACAAGGGUCAAGACUGAAAACUUGUAAAUAGGGCUGGGCGAAUAACCAAAAAUUUACCUAUACCAAAAUUUAAGACAAAUACUGAUGUCAUUUUGCUCAUAUCGAUAUAUUCGGUGUCAAAUACAUAAAUAACUAAAAGUUGGUUUUGGAUGCAUGUAGGUAGGCUUUGGUCUCAUGUCCCUUUAAGAUGCUGUCCUGUCAGAGACGUGACUACAGGUGAGCAGAUGGAGGACGGUUCAAAAGUUGUCGCGGCUGAAGUAGACGAAGUUAAUGUGGGAGGGGGUGAGCAGCUCGUGGAGUAGUUAUCGUCCAUUUAUGGUUAUCGAGGUGAACUGAUCAAUAUAUUGUGAUAUUGAUUUGAGGCCAUAUCGCUUAGCCCUACUUGUAUAUUAUAAUUUCUAAUUCCUGAAACCAGAGUGAGAGGGUAGGUGUCAGCUGAGCACUCUUCUUUCACGAUAUAAUAAUCACAAUAAAAACAUUUUUGAAUCUCAAAACUCAGUUGGAUAAGAUUUUAUGUCCAAACACACCUCUUUGUCCACAGGGGGCGCCAAAAUCCACACAAAAAAAAAGUUCCUCAUGGGAGCUUUAAUCUGAAAAACUGUAAUGAGUGUUUCUCUGUGUGUCUGUUUUGACUCGGAUGCCUUUUGUGGUCAUAGUCUAACAUCAGCUGUCCCUUGUCUUUCUCCAGGAGUCCCACAGAACGCUCAGUCAGAGGACACCGGCCCCGCCCCCAUCUCUCCAGUGUUUCGCACUGGCAGUGAACCCCUGCUGAGCCCCCGACCGAGACACACGCGACCUUUGCCUCCAGGUAGUGCGCACAGUCAUAAGGGGAUUUUUCUGUUUUUAUGUGGAUAAUGUGUCACAGCCACAGCAGAGCCCAUUAAAACAUUAGAGGUCGAAGCCUGUUUGCUGAGCUGUGGUUCCUGCUUUGACACUGAAAGAGUGUGCACAACAGAGGGGUAACAACAACAUGGGGUGUCCCCUCAGAUAAAAAAAGCCCUGACAGUAUUUUUCCGACUGGAGGUAAGAGUCCCUAAAGCCUUCAGUGCAGAAUAAGCAUUUCUACCUCAUUCAGAGAAAGACUGACAGAAGCAGCGGGCGACAAAGACGAAAAGGCCAAAAGUAAACAAAACUUUGAACCACCUGACUUUAUGUAGAUGUAGUAGAGCAAAACCUCUGGUGUCUGUGUGCACACUACAGAGUCUGAAAACUGGUUUAGAGUGACUCAUCACAUCUCACAAAGAUGUAGCCGAAGUUUAGAACGCUGAGGUUACCUCUCAACUUAUCUGUGUUAGGGCUGCACGAUACAUCGAUUUUAAAUUGUAAUUGGAUUUUUCGAUCAUGAUAAUGUUAAAUAAAUUAAAAUCUUCAAAUCGAUUUUCCUCUCUGUCAUGUCUUGCGUGACACACACCGGUGUAAACAAACAUGGCGUUUGCAGAAGAAGGCGAUAAUUUCGUGGUUAAAUAGGACAAGAGCGAGUCAGUCGUGUUGAAUUGGUACGACUUCACAGUUUCAGAUGAAGAGUAAACCACUCCCCGCUGUAAAGUCUGUCUGAAGGCGGUAUCAACCCGUCACCACGGAAACUAAUUCAGGAAGAAACGCUUAAGUUUUUUGUCGUAUCGGCGUUUCAGGUGACUGUAAACGGUACUUUUUGAAAACGGGUCAGAGAGUGAAUAAAUCUGUAAACGACGACCAUUUCAUCUCCGUGUGGAUGUCUAUCUGCAUCUCUGGAAACGAUCAUGUGACACACAGAGGAACUCUUUUAUGGCGCCAAAAACAACCUUUAUACACAUGCUCUGUACUCUUCUUCUGUCCUUUGUGCAUUUCCUGUGCAGAGUUACAGCGUCACUUACUGGCUUGGCUACAUCGUUUUUUAGUGGUUUCGUUUUGAGAGAUGAGAGAAAACCUUUUUAUUAUUAAAGUGAAGUUUGGUGAAGUCAUCAUUGAAUAAAAUGUCGAAAAUCGAGUUUUCAGAGAAAAAACAAAAAAGAUUUUAUUUUUUUGCCAAAAUCGUGCAGCCCUAAUCUGUGUGUAUCACCAGCUCUGGAGAAGUUUUCUUAACAUUUUCCCAUCAUGAUUUUAUUUCUAACUGAACGCAGGGGGAUUUUUAACAACCAGCAGACCUUCUGUCUCUGUUUCACGAAGUUGUUCCACAGGAAGGUUUUGAAAAGAAGUGUUGGUCGGUUCUGGUCUGGUCGUGCUAACAAGUACAAAAAGGUCAGAGUUCUGGGUCAGUUUUUUAAAGCUGAAUUCAAAAGAGGGUUCAGCAGUAAACGCAGAUAAUCGUGGAUGAGAAAUUCAAGAAGUUAAGAGACAUGAUCUUCACCCCCCAGCUCAGCGUUUCUCAGAUCCCUGUUCAGGUCAGACGGGGUCAGUUUCAGUCCAAGGCCGGAGCAGCUACAGAGCUGAAGUGUUUCACAGUCUGUUAUUAACACACACACUCAUAACUCCAUCCUCCGUCCCUGCAGGUGGUGGUGUAACUUUGCGAGGGUCAGAUGGACAGCUGCAUCCCAGAGCUCCUCCUAAACCUCUCAGGGUCUCUGCGGUCUUCCCCAACGCCAUCCCCCCUCCACCCUCACACAGGGACGACAACCCCGCCUCUUUCUACGAUGAGCUGGUCGUUCAGGUAAAGUUGUUUCUUUACUCCUGAUGAAAUUAAAGAUAACUUUUAUUGUUUUUUUUAACAGUCUGUUUUGUCCUCUUCCUGUCGUGUCCAGGUCCCAGAGUCCCGGCGUAAAGGUCAUGUGGACAGACUGCGUGCAGAGGAGAAGUGGCAGAGCCGGGCCCGCCUCACCGAGACUUCCUUUGGUUUCCUGGAGGCUCAGAUGACAGAAGCGUCGUCACAGCUGCCUGCGCUGCCUCAGAAGAAGAAGGCGGUGGAGGACUGGCAUUUUGAAAAGCCGCAUGUGCGUGUAGAAAGUUGUGUUGUUGUUUUUUAAAAAUGCACUUUUAAAUGCACUCUGAUGAGUUUUAACAUUUCCCCGCACCAUCACAGGUCGAGUCCAAGUCCUGUUUCCAGCUGGAUCAGUUUGAGUCUCAGCUCUUACCGGAGAACAAUCGACCUCUGGAGCCCAGCGUCCUGCUGUCGCUGAAGGAAAUCUUCAACCGCUCAAAUGCAAACGCCACCGCUCUGCACAUGCUCAGUGUUGACUGUCAGGUAACUCGUCACCUUAGAAAGUGCGUUUUAUCUUCCUUCUUGUACUCCUGACAUUGAAGCCUCUUUUCAUCCCAUAAUUUUCUUUUAAGUCAUGUGAUCAGGGGUCAAAGUGCAUCUGGUUUUUUUUUGUUGUUGUUCUUUUCACUUAAUUGAAAUUCUAACUACCUUCACUGAACGGGAUCUAAACCCUCAUUGUUGUUGUUGUCCUUCAGGUUGCGCGCAUCGUCGGCGUGACUGAUGAACAGAAGAGGAUUAUGGGAGUUGAAUCAGGUCUUGAACUCGUCACUUUGCCACAUGGACACCAACUACGACAGGAUUUGUUAGAAAGGUAAACAGUUGUGAAGAAACACAAACGUAGAGUCUCGCGGUGUCGGCCUCGACUUUAUGACCACGAACAGAUGAAGCGAUUUUCUCGGACUGUUCGUCACAGAAGCAUCUUUCAUCAGUGGGCAGAAAGCUGAUAUUUUGUCCUCGUAGUUGAUGUGGUUGAAGUAGGAAAAAGUCAGAGGAUGUUAGCGAAUCAGACGGCCAAGUCAGAGCGUCUGUGGAGGGUUGGUUCUGGGUUUGAUGAUUACCUAACAAAAGAGGUUAAAGGCGAGGUCAGUCCAGCACCAUGACGGACUCACUCCUAACCGUCUGUCACCAGGUGUUCAGUUUUUGGCUGAAGUCUAGACCCUUUCCCGGUAUUGUUCUGUCUUUACAGAGUCGUUUACAGAGCUGGCUCAGGGUCAGACACUGACUGUUAAUGUUCCAGUUGUUCUUCAGAGGUGAGAUCCUCCUCAGUUUUAAUAUAGACGUGUUAGUUUAUUAAAUGAGCCUUAGUGGACAGGAGGGUCACUGACAAAACCUUGAGUUCUUCUCUAACUUUUAACGGACUUCUUGUCUUCUGCUGUCCAUCAACAUCAACAGAACCGUCCAAUCAGACAAAUCCAUGAGAAAACAGGGGUGCUCACAAACAAGGAUGUUUCCAGACUUUAAAACACUGACUUAUCAGGGGGUGGCAUGAAGUCCACGAGGCUCUUAGACCAAUUAAUGUCAUUUAUUUUUGCUGUAACGCAAACAGCCCAAUGGAUUAAUCUGUCACUGCUUUUCUUCCACAAAAUAUUCAGAUUUUUCUUCUUCUCACCCCUGACAAGUGUCUCAUACUAAAAAAAUUCAAAACUACCUAAUAAAAACUAAAAUUCACUUAAAAACCAGCAUCCAAACUCAGUAAAACGAGACUGAAACUGAAACUAAAGAGCCAAACAAAAUAAAAAUAAACUUUUCAAACUCUGUUUUAAGGUAAGAAAAUAGGAGACGGGGGUCUUGGGGGACUAAGGUUCAUCACUUCACACUGAGAGUAAAACUGGCCUGUGAGAUCUGAUCCAGAAGAGCCAAAAACCAGCAGAAUGAGUUUUUCCUCCUAAUCCCCGGGUUCUUAAUUCAGUCAAAUCCAGCAUCUGAGGGAGGCGCUACUUCAGAGGUCUGGUGGCGUCUCAAUCUGAACGUAUCAGCAGCCUGGUGGUCAUAAUGUCAGGGCGCGUGUUUUGACUGGUUUCUUGUCUGCUUUGUUGUUUUUAUUUUAAUUACUCAUCAUAUAUAAAGUUUGCAUCCGAAGCUCCCACCCUCCGUUUAAAGGCAGACUUUCUAACUCGUUAUCAAAUUUCCAGCCCACACGCUCCUCUAAUCCAUUAAUCUUUCAUUUUGUAGGCAUCAUCUAAUAGCUCUGGGAGUCGCAGUGGACAUCCUCGGCUGCACGGGGACCGUGAGCCAGAGGGCGACUGUUUUACAUAAACUAAUCUCAUUGGCUCAGGCCCUGAAGGAACACGCACACGACCUCUACUCCUUCUCAGCCGUGAUGAAGGCGCUGGAGAUGCCUCAGGUGGAGUUAUCACGUCAAAGAUAGGCUCACUCUGUGCAAACUCAGGAAAAGCAGAAGAUGAAUGAGGUCUUACAGCACGCUGAAUAUUCAUGUGUCUGUAAUUUUGCAGAUAAUGAGACUGGAGAUGACGUGGCGGGCGCUGAGGAGGAACCACACAGAGACUGCGGUUUUAUUUGAGAAGAAACUCAAACCCUUCAUGAACCUGCUGAACGACGGAGACGGUGAGUGGAGGGUUUUAGGAUGGAGCCUCCAAACAUCCAAUUACAUUCAUUUAUUCAUGUAUUCAGGUUUCUGUUAGCUGGGGCUGAAACAACAGCGCUCCCUCCUGAAGUCCGCCCAAACACAAAACUGUGACAAGGUCACAUCACACAGGAAAACGCACCGAAAACAUCCAGAAACAGGACCUGCUAUUUACAGGACAUAGAGGCGAAUAUGAGCGAGCGAUGUGACCUGAAUAAACAAAAAUGAAAAAUCAAAACUUCACCAUAAAUCUGAUAGAAAAGGCAGCGUAAACUGUUCAUCAGGGAAAUGACAUGAAUUUGUAGAAAUGUCUUAAACUCAGCUGUCAACAGAAACUGGAAAUGAAACAUUGGAAAAUAAUCAGCUGUGAGUGAGCGAGAUGUUCGAGUUAGAAGUAACAGAAGCUGUUAAUGUGAACUGGAGCGGCUGUCAAAAAUCUAACUAUUCUAGGAGAACAUAGAAGUCAUAGAAUUGGUUAGGGGUGGAUGUAUCUGCGAAAAUCAGCGAGUUUAGGCCGAUUACUGAUUAGUCUCAAACGGGCUAAAAUUGGCCGAUUUAAUCGGCUCGUCGAUAAAUCGGUCGGGCUCUAGUCAUGACCCUGGUGGUCUUGUUUGCCUUUGGAUAUCAUGCAAAAGGCAUUAAUAGGAAUUUUAGUGAAUUUCAUAAACGUCGAAAAACGCCUCAUAGGAGCUUUAAUUUAAUCGGUCUAAAAUCUUGCUUACAGAUCGCCAUAGAAACGGUGAGUUACAGCCAUGGGCAUCCAUUAAUGCUAGUCAAUAUUUCACACUGAACUUUGACCUUUUGUACCAUGUGGGCCUGAUUUUUAUAGUACAGUUAGAAAAAUUUGAACAUCCUGAAACAUCUCUUGAAUUAUGUCGGUUAUUGUCAUAAAUUUCAGUAUCGGUCGAUUUUCGGUUUAUCGACCAGCCCUAGCUUUGGUCUUGUGUUAGAGUAUUUGUAACCUGUUUCCUACAUCAGUCAGUAAUUAUAUUACGAUUAAUCCCCGUUUAUCAACACCAGACUACAGUUAAAAAGUAAAGGAACAGUAAAGGACUUUGUGUGGUGGGUUUGCAGGAGUGGAUGAAGUCCAGCGUUAGAGUUGGUCUGUCUGAGCGAGCGGUGUGUUGAGCUGCUGUAAACAGUUCCUCUGAGGAGUUAGAGGCUGAAGUUCAUCCUGAAGAUGGACAGUUUUGAUAGAAUCACUUUUAACGUCUGACUCAAACCUGCUGCAGACAAGAGAAGCAAAAACUGCUUUGUCCACAGGGGGCGCCAAAACUGACACACAUUCAAGGUUAAUCCUGAAUCCACAUGUGGACACUAAAAAACACCCUCUCAUGAAUGUGAGCUCUUCUUUCAUAUCUGGAUGUUUUCACCUUGAUAUCAGACGGCUCUUUCCUUCCCUGUCUCUCUCCCCACAGUGGUCUUUUGUAUUCCCACUCAUGCUGUGCAGUGUAUUGAACUGUUUAUCUAACUUAUAAUGGGGUUUGGAGCUGGUGGGAGUCUUUGGCUCAGAGCGAGUGAAAGUUAUGUUAUAAUUGGUGGAUCGGGGAUUUGAUCCAAGGCACCUGAAGUUAUCAUGUUGAUGUGUCUCUGGGAAAGACCAUAGACAGUGCCUGAUUUGUACAUCAUAUAUGACAGCUCAGGGAUGACAAGACGGGCACAUAUAUAUAUAAAAUGUGCUUAAAACAACGUGCAACUGCCCACUUGACACUCCGUGGGACUUCAUGAGUUCUCAACGUUUCAGUUACCAAGUCGUAAAAAAGCAAAAUCGGAGGCCUGAAACAAGAUGGCUAAAUCUACGAAAGUUAAUUUAGCACUUGCCUUGUCCAAAUACGAGGCAUAAUACACUACGAGAGCUUUCACUGUUACUCUUUACUGUUGAUGCACUGCGCCGCCAUCUUAGAUUAUAACGUUGUCGUCAAGGUUGGUGAGGAUCGUCCAACUGUCCGAGUCGGAAAUCCGACUUCAGGGGGGCGUUCCAGAUGAAUUUCCAAUUCAGGGCUCGGAAAUCACAACGUCCGAGUACAUCUGAAAACACCUUUUUUUUCGUAGGAUGGUAAGGAAAGGUCCCGCCCCCUUUGCCUCUGAUUGGCUGUGAAGCAUCAUCACACGCUCAAGCCGAACGGGGGCGGUCAGCUAUGUACAUCAUACAGAACAUUACAGAACAUUAUCGCUGUUCUGAAUCUCCUAACCCUAAUCCUAAACUUAACCCUAAACCUAAUGAUGGAAGAUGGUGACAAGUUGUCCGCAGUGUACACAGUUUAUGAGAAAGACGCUGAACUUCAUAUUGUACUGAGCUAACAGUUUAUGAACAUGUGAUCUGUAUCUGAGUGAAAGUUGGUGCUGAUGGCAUUUCAAAAGCAGGUAAAGCUUGAGAAGAGCCAGGAAGGCUCCUGUGUUCCCUCCUCUAUAUACAGUCAGUGAUUUAUUGAAGACUUAAAGAGGACUGUGAUGUUCGGCCAGAGAGUGAAACUGGCACACGUCCUUUUUAAACGUGAGUGAAGAUUAAAAAAAAACAGCACCUGUUUCAGCAGAUGGACUCGAACACGCCACUACUUCAGUGCUUCACCUUUAGAAGUUUUUCAUUUAUGUAAACUGUGUGUUCUUGUGUUUUUCUGUAGACUCUGCGGUCCAGGGUCCUGUAGCUGUGCCGCACCUGGUUCCCUUGCUGAUGGCGAUGGAGGGUGACGACCCCGUGGAGAACAGCGAGAGAGGCUGUCAGCUCCUCUACAACGUCCUCCAAUCAGCUCGCGGUGCUGCGCUGCAUGCUCGAGAUUAUCAGCAGCACGCGCGCUCCCUGCUCACAGGUACGUCGGUGUAAACAGAGCAGCUCCAGCUUUUCAUAAACACAGUGAUCUGUCUUUAAGACCUCGAUACAGCCUUGAUACAACCCGUCCAUUAUGGACUACAGCGGGGUGCCGCAGCUCAAGGAAGAACAUUUAUGAUCAUUUCUUUAUCAUUUCCUUGAAGUAAUAAUCAUCAUAUUAAUCAUUUUCACUGCAGACGCGGUAGUUCUUCUGCUUUAGCGUCUCAGUCUGAUUGUAUUUCCAUGAAGAAAUGAUCAUAAAUGUUCUUCCUUGAGCUGCGGCACCCCGCUGUAGUCCGUAAUGGACUGGCCUGAGGUCUCGCUUCAAGCAAGCGGCUGCUGGAAGAGAGUGGGUAUGGCUCCUCAGACCGUUGUGUAUUGCUAUCCUGCAGUUGUUACUAAAGUUGGUAUAACUAGAGAAGAAAGCGGUCGGCAACAUUCAUCUCUGGAGGGGGUGUCUGACUCGGUGUUACGGCGUGUUUGACCCUAAAUUGAUGUUACGCCGGAAUAUCCCUUUAAGUGCUGGUAAAGAGAGAAGAAAGUGUUAAAAAAACAGAUUAAACAUCAGAAAUCUAAUAUAAUAACAUUAUAAAUAGAGCUGGAGCCUGCAGGGGGGUUGGAGCUGGAAGUUUGAGUGCAGCACAGGUGCAGAGCAGCGUCACAGAGCAGAGGCGAAGAUCGGAGAUCCUGCAGCUUUAAUGGAGCAGAAAUGUUUGUUGAUAAUUCUGAGAAAGUUGCACGCUGCUUGAACUCCAUUUUUUUUCAAGACUUUUAAUGCAUCACCAGAGUCUGAGCCACACUUGUGUUUUUUUGUUGUGCAGAAGGUCAAUCAAAGUCAAGAUUUUAACCAAUUCCUUUAAAUUCAUUUACACUCGACCCUUGAACAAUGGCGUGUCAGUUUAAGGAGUUCUUGCAGAAGUUUCCAGUGCUGCGCUCCCAAACCGUGCGCUCGUGCUCGUUCAGUCUUAUGAUUUGUAUCCGAUCUGAUUUCUCACACCGCUCUAUCAGCAGGCUGGGAACCCAUACCCGAGCUGCUGGAGGCUUUCCGGACAGAGUUCGCCCUGCGGCUGUUCUGGGGUCAGUCUGGAGCAACUGCAGACAGAGAGGAGCGCUACGAGAAGUUUGACAAGAUUCUUUGUGUCCUGUCUGACAAACUGGAACCCGUGGAGAUCACUCCACUCCAGCCUGACCUCUAA